AUGCGAUUCGGUGGGAUCUACCACUCCCAGAUACCACCUCCCCCACCUCCGAACCUCCCUCCAGAGGCCCUUCAAGCCUACCUUGAUUUCAUUGCCCAGCACCCCACUAGCCUCUCCUCCUCCCCCUCCUCCCCAUCCUCCUCCCCCUCCUCCCCCUCCACCCCGUCCUCCUCCUCCCCGUCCUCCUCCUCCUCCCAUCAACAAAAGGUCACACUGGCGGAAUUGCAGAAAGUUAGAAGGGUGGAGGUGGGGGGAGUGCGGGGAAGAGGCGUUGGGCAGAAGGAGAAGAGGCAAAGGGAGAGGUCUCGAGACAAGGUGGGGAAGAAGGGCUCGGGGAGUGGGAGUGAUUUGAGGGGCAAGAGGGACGGGAGGGAUGGUAGAGGCGAGGAGAAUUAUCAGCAGCAGAGACAGAAGCAGAAGGAGGCAGAGGGGGAGGAGGAGGAGUUUGGAGUGAGAGUGAAGGCAGGCAGUUACCUCCGAGUUCAUGUGCAUCCUAAACGAUUCCCCAUGUGUUACAGCUUUGACUGGCAAAGAUCCGUGAUUGUUAACGAGGAUGACUAUGUGGUGAUCGAUAAGCCGUACAACGUUCCUGUGGGCGGCACAGUGGACAACCUAUUGGAGUGUUGCGCCUUCUUUGGACAGCAAGCCGCCGGGCUCAAUCGCCCUCUGCAGCUCACCCACCAGCUCGACCUCUGCACGCAGGGCUGCGUGGUCAUGGCCAAGAAUCGCCAGUUUGCCAGCCGGUUCAACCAGCUGCUUCAGGAUCGCAAGGUUCGCAAGCUGUACAAGGCCCUAGCCGCCUCUGCUCCUGCUCCGGGCAGGCACAUACAUUUCAUGCUGCCCGACCCGUACUCUCCGAAGAUUUUGACACGAGAAGCCAUGCCAGACUGGCAGCGCUGCGAGCUCGUGAUUCGCCGAGUGGAGGUGGUGCCGUGGCCUGCUGAUUCUGCGCUGGCUGCUGCUGACGUGGACUGCUCCUAUUGGCCAGCUGCUGACGUGGCAUACGAGUGCCUGGUGGAGCUGAUUACAGGGAGAACACACCAGCUGCGAGCGCAGUUUGCAGCGCUGGGCGUGCCUCUUAUCGCCCUGGGCGUGCCUCUCAUCGGUGACACCAUGUACGGCCCCUCCCAAGCCCAGCAGGCCGUGCCUAUGGUUCUAAAAGCAACCAUACCCAGCAACCGAGGUUCAGUUGGUGUGAGGGGGAAUGGAGUGGGGAUUUCGGGCCAGGAGAGGAGAAAGGAAUAUGUGGGUGCGGAGGUGCUUUCCCAGGCCAAGCAAAUGCUUGGAGCGGAAAUUUCUGAGGCGACUAGAAAACAGAUUUCGGUGCAGGAGAGGAGAAAGGAAUAUGUGGAUGCGGAGGUGCUUUCCCAGGCGAAGCACCUGUUUGGGGCGGCGCCAGAAGCGGCUAUUGGCUUGCAGGCGUUCUCUGUGAGAUGGGAGGAGCAGGUGGAAGAAGGCAAGGGGCGACUCCCCCCUCUUCUCUAUGCUCCACCUACCCUCACACUCCGAGCACUCCCUCCCUCACCUUCUCUACUCCAUGCUCCACCUCCCCGUGUUCCACCUCUCCCAUGUUCCACACACCCCUCACCCCCGUAA